AUGGCGACCCUCAAGACGCUACGCCCGCUCCUUCGGUCCUCUACACAGCUUCUCCAACCCUGCAUACAGCGACGAACCUUCCUCCCAAACCCCUUCGCCUCCUCGUCAGACUCUCAGUCCCCACCGCAAAUCCUCACAGCUAGCCGAACGCUCCCCUACCCCUCAGCGCCCGUAUACUCCAUUAUCGCCGAUGUCCCCAGCUACCACACCUUCCUCCCCUACUGCCAACGGAGCGAUAUAACAAAAUGGUCCGCGCCUGAUAGCACAUACAACCGGCGCUGGCCCAGCGAAGGCGUUCUAACGUCCGGUUUCGGGAACAUCACCGAAUCUUUUGCAUCGAGAGUAUACUGCGUACCAGGAAAGAUUGUGGAGAGCGUAGGCGGCGCCACAGCGACAAGCCUGAGCAGGGACGAAAUCGCGCACCACCUCGCAGAGGCUGAGCCGAGAGGGAACAGCGCAGGAAGCAAUGGGCUACUCACGCAUCUGAGGAGUAAAUGGACGAUUGAAGAAUUGGCCAAGGAUCAGACGCGCGUUUCGCUCGCGGUUGAAUUCGCCUUUUCGAGUCCCUUGUAUGCGGCGCUGAGUGGUGGUGUUGCGCCCAAGGUUGCAGACUUUAUGAUUAAAGCUUUUGAGACGAGGGUCCAGGAGCUUUUGGAGAGGGAUCCGGAUAUGGCGGGCGCGAGUUUGGCGGAUCUGGAUGGGAGUAGGUUGAAGAGGUGA